ACAGAGCCAGUGGCUGGAAGGACAUGUCAUAGGUCACACUGAGAGACAAGUGGCUGGACAACAUUUAGCCCAAAAUGAGGACUCAGCUUUUGCUCCUGUUGGCCUUUUGUGUGAUCCACUCUGAGGCUUGGUUCUGGAAAUGGACCGGCACAACAACGUUGGCCCCUACAAUGGAUCCUGAGGGGUCUGGAAGUCAAGUGGGCAGUGGAGACAUGCCAACAGAGACUUUUCCCACUGUUGUUGCUGAGAUUAUUGACGAUGGACACGGACUCCAAGAGUUGACCACAACUCCGGCGGCAAUCAGUGUGGCAGUUGGCAUGACCGCGAUUGUUCCUCCGACACAAUCGCAGGAUGAGAGCACAACAAGAGCUACAACAGGAGGCACAGCAGGAGGUACAACAGUGGAGGUCACCACACAGGAGGUAACCAGAGAGAAGGCUACAACAGUGGAGGCUACAACAGAGACUUCUGCAAAUGCACUGGGUAACGAUGCAUCUCCCCUAAAGGACAGCGGAGUCACUCUGCUGCAGCUGAUUGGGGACCCACCGCCGAGCGAGAUCACGCAGGUCUACGGCCCCGACAACAGCCCCGGCUACGUCUUCGGCCCUGACGCCAACACUGGGCAGCUGGCACGCGCCCAUUUCCCCAGCCCGUUCUACAGGGACUUUUCUCUAAUCUUCAACCUGAAGCCCACAUCUGACAAAGGCGGCGUGGUCUUCUCUAUCACUGACUCAUCCCAGAAGCUCAUGUAUGUGGGCGUGAAGCUGUCUGCUGUGCAGGGCGGCUACCAGAACGUCAUCCUAUAUUACACGGAGCCUGAUUCAGAGAGGUCCUACGAGGCAGCCAGGUUCCCUGUGCGUUCCAUGAAGGACACCUGGACCCGCUUCGCCCUCAGUGUGAGGGAUGAGAGGGUGAUGUUCUUCCUGAACUGCGACUCAGACCCUCAGACGACUCGGAUUGAAAGGUCCCCUGAUGAGAUGGAGCUUGAAGCUGGUGCUGGGGUCUUUAUCGGGCAAGCUGGAGGUACUGACCCCGACAAGUUCCUGGGGGUGAUCGGAGAGCUGCGGGUGGUGGGAGACCCCCGCGCUGCGGAGAGGCACUGUGAGGAGGAUGAAGAUGACUCGGAUAUGGCUUCAGGGGAAGGAAGUGGCUACGUGGAAACCCGACCAACUGUGAAUAAACAGACCCAAACUUAUACACCUUCUCCACCUUUGAGACCGAUCCAGCCUCCACCAAUUGUUGAGAGAGGAAGUCACUCAGGCACAGUUGGAGUCAAAGGUGAGAAAGGAGACAGGGGACAGAAAGGAGACAGAGGUCCAAUCGGGCCAAAGGGUGACAGCGGUUCAGUGGCACACAGUGGAAGCCAUGGACAGAAGGGGGAACCAGGAGACAAAGGUGCAAAGGGCAGUGCUGGCUUUGGAUACCAAGGAAAGAAGGGAGAGCCUGGCGUGCCUGGCCCUCCGGGUCCACCAGGUCCUCCAGGGGAAGCAACUGGCUUUGCAGAAUGCGCCGAUGGCUCAGUUGCCAAUUGUGCACCUGGACCAAGAGGACCACCUGGACCUCAAGGUGUGCCUGGAGCUCCCGGUACACCAGGAGCGGCUGGAGAGGCAGGUGAUCCUGGAGAGGAUGGAAAAGAUGGCCCUGAGGGACCACCAGGUUUUCCAGGAACUCCAGGUGAUCCAGGAGUUAAAGGAGAGAAGGGAGACCGGGGCGAAGGUCAGCCUGGACCCAGAGGUCCCCCAGGACCUCCAGGACCACCAGGACCGGGGGUUAGAUCUACAUUUGUGGACAUGGAAGGUUCUGGAUUCCCUGAUCUGGAGUCUAUCAGGGGCUUACCUGGACCACCAGGUCCUCCUGGGCCUCCUGGACCUCCUGGACCUGCUACUGUAGGCACAGCGUUGAGCUCUGGAGCAUUUGGACCACCAGGAAAAGAUGGAGCACAAGGUCAACCAGGUUUACCUGGCAUGCCAGGAGUGGAUGGACUUCCCGGACUUCCUGGUCCCAAAGGAGAAAAGGGCGACUCUGGUGAGCUGGGACUUCCUGGAGCUGUUGGGGAAAAGGGAUCCAGAGGGGAUCCUGGACUACCUGGAACGCCUGGAGAACCAGGCCUUGCAGGCCUUCCUGGCCCAAUGGGACCUGUCGGACCCCCUGGGCCGCCCGGACCUCCUGGAACAGGCUUUCGGGUUGGUUUUGAUGACAUGGAGGGCUCUGGUGGAUUCUUCUCUAAUGGACUUCCUGGUGUCCGUGGACCAGAGGGACCACAGGGUCCUCCCGGGCUGCCUGGACUUCCUGGUAAACCUGGCUUCCCUGGGAUGCCUGGUCAGAAGGGCAGCGAAGGUCCACAAGGAAAAGAUGGUCAACCAGGUCUGGAUGGAUUCCCAGGAGUUCAGGGUGUCAAAGGUGACAGAGGAGACAAAGGAGAAACGGGAGAGCCAGGUCGAGACGGAACUGGACUUCCUGGACCACCAGGGCCACCUGGACCUCCAGGACAGAUCAUCUACCCGACAACUGGGAAUGGAGGUCCAGGAUUGCCAGGCCAGGCAGGUUUUCCUGGACCAGUUGGACCAAAGGGUGACACGGGCGAGCCAGGUCUUCCAGGCUAUGGUAUAAAGGGUGAGAAGGGUGAGCCAGGAUUAGUGAUCGGACCCGAUGGAAACAUGCUGCGCCUGGAUGGACUGACGGGCCUAAAGGGAGAGCGAGGACCUGCUGGCCCCGCCGGACCAACCGGCCCAUACGGACCUCCCGGCAUAAAGGGUGAAAUCGGAAUGCCAGGAAGACCGGGUCGACCCGGCGUGAACGGAUACAAGGGCGAGAAAGGAGAGCCUGGUGGAGGGGCAGGAUUUGGUUUCCCAGGAGUCCCUGGACUGCCAGGUCCGCCAGGGCCACCUGGACCUCCAGGACCACCUAUUCCUGUCGAUCGCUUCGGUCGCUAUGAUGACAGCUCCAGGAGUCACACAGCCAUUAAAGGAGAGAAGGGAGAGCGAGGAGAUCCUGGACUUCCAGGAAUCCCAUCAACUGGCUCCAAUUUUGAUAUCUUGCAAUACAAGGGUGAACGUGGGGAAACUGGAGUGAAGGGAGAGAAAGGAGAGCCUGGUGGUGGGAUUUAUGAUUCAAGAUUCGGAGUUCUGGGUCAACCUGGACCUCCUGGCAAACCCGGCCUGCCUGGACCCAAAGGAGAGUCUAUUGUGGGACCCCCCGGACCACAGGGACCUCCAGGAAAGCCAGGAAUUGGUUAUGAUGGCCGUCCCGGACAACCCGGUCCACCUGGGCCACCAGGGCCGCCGGGGUCUUCACCAGGAGCAUACAGACCCAGUCACUCUGUGAGUUUACCUGGACCACCGGGCCCUCCUGGUCCUCCUGGAGCUCCAGGUCAUACAUCCGGGGUGACGGUGCUGCGGUCGUACGAGACCAUGAUCGCCACCGCCAGACGGCAGCAGGAAGGGACGCUCAUCUACCUCAUCGACAAAGCCGACCUCUAUCUGAGGGUCCGCGACGGAGUGCGACAAGUCCUGUUGGGUGACUACAGCCCCUUCUUCAGAGACCUGGAGAAUGAGGUCGCAGAGGUGCAACCGCCGCCUGUGGUGGUGUACCCACAACCGCAGGACCGGUCCGUCAACAAUGGAGCAGGCCACUACUCUCAGGGAAGUUCCUCCACCAGACCCAUCGAGCCUCCGGUGCGGCCCCCGGUGUUCCCUCCACUGUACGAGCCCAGGUUCCCUGACCAGAGCAUCCCGGGUCAGACGGACGGACGGCUGGUCACGCAGCAGUCUGACCACAGAUACGCCGUCACUCCACAGAGGCGACCCAGUCCGCCUGUGGCGCCGCCGGUAGUCGGGACAUCUGUGUCAGGGCUGCACCUCAUCGCUCUCAACGCACCGCAGACUGGAAACAUGAGGGGCAUCAGGGGCGCCGACUUCAUGUGCUUCCAGCAGGCCCGGGCCAUGGGCCUGAAGGGGACGUUCCGAGCGUUCCUGUCCUCCAAGCUGCAGGACCUCUACACCAUCGUCCGCAGGUCGGACCGGGACAGCCUCCCUAUCGUCAACCUCAAGGACCAAACAUUGUUCAGUAGCUGGGAGUCGAUCUUCAGUGAGGACGGAAACCAAAUGAGGGAGAAUGUUCCGAUCUACUCCUUCGAUGGCCGGGACAUCCUCAGGGACAGUGCAUGGCCAGAGAAGAUGGUGUGGCACGGCUCCAGCAGCAAAGGCCACAGACAGACUGACCACUACUGUGAAACAUGGCGGGCCAGCGACCGCGCCGUGACGGGCUUGGCCUCGUCGCUACAGAGCGGCCGCCUCCUGCAGCAGCAGUCCAGCAGCUGCUCCGGCUCCUACAUCGUCUUGUGCGUUGAGAACGCCCUCACGUCAAACUCCCAAAAAUAACCGCCGUCCGGAUUUUUUAGGUGCAACAUUUUUUUAUUUUUUUUUUCAAUUGAUAUUCUUGUGAACACGUUGGCGUCCGAUGAACUUGCCCUGUGGCUUCAGCACAGCCUUGGCGCUCUGCACCGUCUGCUCCUCCCCUCGACCAGCACCAAAGAGCGGAGUCAGAGAGAGGGCGCUGUUUUCCCUGGGGCGUUGACUGAAGGCUACCAAAAGUUACAAUAAACCAGUUUUACAUUUGUAUUCCAUUUUAUAGAAACACAAAUCUGUAUAAUGUGCGUCGUCAUUGUUUUGUUUUUCUUUUGAUAUUAUUUUCUGUCUCAAAUUGCUAUAUUCAUGGUUCUGUUUUUUUAUUUUUAUAUAUGGAUCAUUUUUCAGAAUUCUUCUUAGACAUGUGGGUUAUUCCGGGGUAUAGAGAAAAGACUAUUUGAGAAUUUAAGAAGAGGUAUUUAUUUUUAAAUGAAGUUAUGUAAGGAGUAAAAAAAAUGAUUUGGGGAUAAUAGGCGACACCAUUUAUAGUCGACACAUAAGGGCUUUGAUCACAUGUGCCUUCUGACAAACUGGGACUGGAUUUUACACCACACUCUUCUUAGUUGAUUCAUUUAGCUUCUGUUUUUAGGUCAUUCCAAUAGAUGGUGCUUGUAUGAAUAAUCCCUCAUCCAGUGGUGGAGGUUUUUUUUCAAUAAUGAGAAGAAACUUUGGGGGAUUAAAUUAAGUAUUGAUGACAUAAGUGGAGGAGGAAGCAGGAAGGAAUUACUGCUAAUCUUUGUUGAGGCGACUGCAGUCCCGCCUGUCAGGGACACGAGAACCAGUAUUUUGUCGUUUUUUUUUGUUUUUUUGGAGUCCUUGUGAUGAAAUUUCAGAGACUAACCUGGAAUUUUAUUAGAGCUACUGAUGUCUUGACUGAACCUGUGGUAUUUCUAUUUCCAGUUUUGUAUAAUAACACGUUGUGCUGUUUCUCCCAGGCACUGAAUAAAAGUCUUUUCA